AGUUAAUCUGUUAACCGGAUCAAUUCUUUUGACAGGGCUUUAGCAUCCUGUGCAUAUCGGUAGCGCCACAAACUAAUGUUUGGUUAUAUUAUCUCUUGUCAUGAGCAAAUUAUGUGCUAAAGAGACACGGUGAUUAGUAGCAAGGUGGUUGAACAAUUGGUGGAAUUCGGGUCGGUUUCAGUGUCGCGUUCUAGAUGUCGCUACUUUUCAGCAUUUGGACUCCUUCCUCGCAACGCGGCCUAACUGGAGAACAAAUCAAACUUAAUCCCAACAAGAAACCGUCUGGCUGCGAUCGAUCUUAUCGAUGGCUCCUUCCGCCGGCGGCGCGCACCAGUUCCUCGACGCGGCGCUGCCCUACGCAGAGGACGUCAUGUGGCUCGUCCCCGACCACCUCGCCACGCUCACCGAGGCCUUCCCGUCCCUCCGGCCCAGGACCGGCCUCUUCACCCACGACGAUGGCCGCGCCGCGCGCCUCCUCCAGGCCGCCGGCACCAUCCCGAUCGUCCACGCGGGGGUCUCAUAUGACCUCCCCGCCGUCGUCUGGCUCCCGGAGCGCUACCCGCGGUGCCCGCCCCUCGUGUUCCUCUCGCCGGCCCGCGGCACGGUCGUCAGAACCGACCACCCCCUCGUCGACCGCUCGGGCCUCGUCGCCGCGGCCGACGCCCCGUACCUCCGCUCAUGGGCGUUCCCGUCCUCCAACCUCCGCGACCUCGUCCUGUCCCUCUCCCGCGCCUUCGGCAUCGACCCGCCCCUCAUCACCGCCGAGGUCGCCUACAGGCGCGACGCCCUCGCCGCCAUGGCAUGCGCCGACGUGGCCGCCCUGCGCGCUGCGAGCGAGGCCGAGAUGGACGCUCUGUUCGCCGUGCAGGCCGAGCUGCGCGGGCGGGGCCGGGCGGCGGACGGCCUGGUGCGCCGAGCAGGGGAGGAGGUGGACGCGCUGGAGCGCCGGCUGCAGGACGUGACGGUGGCCGCGUACGCCUUGGAGACCUGGGUCGCGGCGAACCGGACGACGGUGGCCGCGCACGGCGACGCGCAGGCGGGGGCGGCAGUUCAGCCCGCGGACGCGCUGUCGGUGCAGAGGCUCGAGUGCGCGGCCAUGGAUCUGGCGCUGGAGGACACCAUGUACGCGCUGGACGAGGCGGUGCAGGGAGGGGCCGUGCCGUUCAGCGGCUACCUCCGGAGCGUGCGCGCGCUGGCGCGGGAACAGUUUUUCCAGCGUGCUCUCUGGUCCAAACUUUGCUAGGAAGGUCUUUUUCCUUCCAUGGAAGCAAACCUUCAGUCUUAUCUUCAGAUGCAGAAAAAUCCAGAGACCUGAUUUUUGCCGAUGUACGCGGUUGCACCUGCGUUUGCUAGUUGUAUACUGCACCUAUACUGUUAUACUCCCUCCGUUCCGAAAUAUAAGACAUUUUAGAGUUUUGACUAUAGACUA